UUUUUCUCUUCUUCUCGAAACACCUAAUUACUCACCCUCUGUCUGUCUCCACGUUUCUCUUUUCAAAUUUCCGUCGCUAAAUUCACGUGUUUAUGGAUAGUUGGAAAGAUCAGGGUUAUCAUUUUUCACCGGAGGUUACAAGAACAAGAUCUAGUAGUUACAGGAGGCCGCCUGUAGGUGGUGGUUCAAAUUGGCAGCAAACCGUCCCCUCAUGGGAGAAAAAGUUUUGCUCUUCAGUCGGGUCGAUAUCAUGGAACAAAAUCUUGGAGACGAAAAAAACCAUUCAUUUAUACGACAACAUAAUCAAAUGGAACGAUUCUGCAGCUAAAGAAGCAUUUGAAAAGGCAAAACACAACUUCUAUGCAAAUAUGCAUAAUCUUCCAACUGACAGCGGGUUAUCAUCGGAUGCCGACAUUUACAUCGAUAACAUAAACUGGGAUUCCGAAGUCGAUCAAAACUUAAUGCUCGAUCUGGAUUCCGAUUCCGUUGUUCCCGAUUCCAAUUCGAAAGACGAACAAGUAGUAAUCUUUGGGUCUAGCUUUCCCCCUUCUUAUCAAAGCUUCUCACCUUAUGGAUGGGGUGACAGUGAUGAUGACAAAAAGAAAGAUGUUAGACCUCCUGAUCACAAUCUUCAUCGACGGGAAACUGAAGGGGGUGGUUGUGAUAAAAAUGAUAAUUGGAGGGUGUCGAAUGAAAAUAAUGGGUGGGGUGAUAGCCGGAAUGAUUACUGGGGUUGGAACAUGUUCGAUGAUAAUAAUUGUUUUUAUGAUGAUGCGAAAAACGAGCCUAAGGAAGGAAGUGGUAGGUACAUGUCGAGGUAUAAAACGUCGAGGUUUCGAAAGGAUGAUGACCGGGAUCGAAACAAUGGAAAUCGGAGGAGAUCGGGUUAUUCUUGUGAACCGGCGAACGCGAGUUCACACACACAUAGAUGGAGUGUAAAGAAACCGUUUUCUUGAUUUGUUAGGUUUAAUUUAUUUUGAUCAAUAUGGUUCGUGCAUGUUUUGUUCGUGAGUAAAACGUUAUAUGCGGGUUUAUAUGUAUGUUUCGCUUUGGGUGUUCGUAUAAUGUUUUGAUCGUUUUGAGCCGUCUAGACUUAAGCAAGUCAGCCGAUUUAAGAUCUACACGGGCAAUAAGGGUUGUUUAUAUACUGUUGUUUGAGCCGUCUAAACAAAGCAAUUGGUUGAUUUUAGAUCUGUAUGGACCGAGUAUGAACGGUCAUAGACCGUCUAGAUUGUUUGAACUGUCUAAACCAUAGCAAGUUGGCUGAUUUGAAAUUCAUUUGGUCUCGAAUGUUUGAAACUUGAAACCAACUGUUAAUCUACUUCAUUUAUUGCAAA